UACACAUCUGUGAGAAGCAAGAUUAUUUACCCAGAACAAAGCAACAAGAAUCACACAGAACUACAGUAAGCACAUAAGUGAACCAAAAUACAAGCAGAGUGUGAAAUGACAGGUUUUACAGAGGAAGACUUGGACAACUUCCUACAAAACCAGGUGGAUCUCCGACACCGUCAGGUGUCCAAGACAGUGGACGAGGUUCAGCAGAUCAUCAAGGACCUGACCUCAGAGGUGAGCACCAAGGAUGGCCGAUUUCAGAGCAUCUCCAACUCUGGUGUCCACAAUGAUAAUAUAAAGGAUCAACCUGCUCUAAUGGCCAAAUGGGCAGCUCUUCUGAGGGGAAAAUGUGCAUUCAACCCAGCCAUCCAGGUCCUCACGCCCGCCCUGUUCCUAAUCUCGGUGCCGGUCAGGGGCCUGUGUGGGUACAAGGAGCGCAGGGCCAGGCAGUGGCGGUACUACACCCUGAGCGGCUCCAGGCUGCUUUCUCCAGUGCGUGAGCCCGAGAAGCUGCACCAGUGGCUGGAGCUGGAGAACUUCUGCAGCCCCUCGCAGGAGUGGCACGACUCCAGAGUGGCCAUUGAAGGGGACAUUGUGCCUGCCAAAGUGGUGAACCUCUUCAAGGAGCUCCUGGAAGCCGCCAUCCAGAGCUGUAAUCUUGCCAGUAAAGUCACUAUUUUAGAGACUGUUGGUGCUAUGAUACGUGUUGCCGUGGAAACAUCUGAAGCGCAGGUAGAGGCGGAGCUUAUUCCAACUGUGGAGCUCAUGAACUGCUGGCCAAAAAAAGCUCGCUGGCCCAGAUUUCUCAAACGCUGGCCCUCAAAGGAAAAAGCCAGAUGCAUCAAGUCUUUUGGAUUUAACCUGAUGGCCUCUUCGAACUACCACUGGCUCCUGUCCUUCUCCAGGGCAGAGCAGGUCCUGAUGAGCAGCAUUGACGAGGAUGGCGGAUGCAGGAGGAAGUGCUACCGGGUUGUCAGGCAGCUGAAAGAGGAUGUUUGGUGCCCUGGAAGUAAACCUGUAAUUACAGCGUAUCAUCUGCAGACCCUGUUAUUUUGGUCCUGUGAGAAAUAUCCAUGUACCAAGGACUGGAGAAACUUUAAACAGAGCGUGCUUCGUCUUGUGAAGAAGCUUCAGAAAUGUGUGAGUCAGCGGUAUCUGAGGCAUUACUUCGUCCGGGGCUACAACCUGCUAAAAUACACCAACACCAAUGAGCUGGAUAUCAUGAGCAAAAAGAUCUCUGAUUUUCUUGAGAACCCUGGACUCUACAUGUACUGAUAUAAUACUUUUUACAGUUUUCUUGAAUAAGAAAAUAGAUGCAAAUAAGAACCAGGCAAAAUAAAUUAUUUUAAUGGUCAAAAACAUACUGUAUUUUACUCUCAUAUUCAAUUAGAAUUAGUGCAUAUGUCACAUGCACUGCAAGUUUGGGCUUAUUAAAGAGGUGGCUUUUAAGCAUAAGAGUGAAUAAUAGGUGAGCAGAAAGACUAAAAGCCAAGGCUUUAUUUCAUUAAUAUAUAUUGCUGAGUUUUAUGUUUAUCCUGAAUUCAUUAUUCUGUUUAAAAUGAAAUGUCCCUAAAUUACUGACACCCAGUUUAAACCUUUACAUUACAUUUGACAUCUGCACAUUAACACUGACAUUUUAUAUUAUGCAAAUGUCAUCAUGGCAAUUCUUCCAUGACCAGUUUGUUGCAUGAAUGUUAAUACAAACCUGUGUCAAAACUAAGCUCUAUUCACAGCUUUAUAUCCUUCAAAAUCUACUAUAGCAUUCAGUAACUAUUAUCUGUGACUUCCCAUGCAGAAAUAGCUGGGAGGAAUGUUGUUUCAGAGUGAUGAUAACUUCAAUACUGGCAUUGAUUCAGGUUUUAUCAUCAUGGGGAGACAGUAUUUAAGCUACACUGGAUUUUAGGAAGAGCCAGAGAUGAGAGAGAUUUGUACAGAGAAAAGGGGAUGAAACAGAGUCUCUGUAUUUUUCCAACAGUCCUUUAUAACUGGGACAAAAAGAUCAUAGGAUUCAAAGAGAUAAAAUAGAAUUGCUUUGCAUUUUCCACAGAAGGUGAUGCCAUUCACAUACCAUUACUAGAAUUAGAAUUCCUGGCAUUUCAUCAUGAAUGUCUGAGCAUUUGAAAGCUUCAUCACACAUAGUGAUUUAUUGGGCAAAUUCAAAGGUGUCAUUCAAGCAAAAUGAAACACUGAAAUAAUUAAAAUCUGAACCAGCAAAACCCUGAUAAUGGUACCAUUACCACAAUGUUUGGUCUUGUAAAAGCUGGAAUCUGGUGCAAAACAUAUUAUCAACACUGAUGUUAUGAUCACCAGAAUGUCUACUGUGCAGUUUUAUAUUACGGUUUAUGAAGAGCUUAGAGUUGUAUUAAGUAGCAUAAAGAAAUUAACAAAAAUACAGCUGUGACUGUCAUUAGUAAAUGUUUGUGUGUGAAGUAAUAUAAACACAACUGGGACCCUUCUUUGUCAUAAGAAUAGAAAAUGCUGCAAAGAGGUAAAGACUACAGUAUUUACCCCAACUUCCUAAUCUGAGGAUGUAAUUUACCCUUUUCUUCCUGAGUCAGCAUUUAUACACCUGGAUCAUUUCUUCAAGACACCCACAACCUCUUUAUUUGAAGUAGUGCUUCCUAAGUCCUAAGUCCACUCUCUAGGACCCAAAUACAGAC